AUGUCAACGGGCCUUGCAUUAAAACUUGCCAAGGGUGGAAACUCACCUGGGCACUAUUAUAUCCAUUGCAUCGCAUGCAGCUACCAUUUCACAUUCCCGAAGUUGGCCUCUCCCCAUCCUCUUCCUCAGCCUUUUCCUCCUACAGCCACCCAUGAUGGCCUUGCGGCAUCACGAGUCAUUGACUGCGCGAAGCCAGGCUUACGCAGCCAUAGUUUUGACCAGCUCUCGUCCAAGCAGCGGGGUAAACUGGCUGUACCCGCCGUGCCUACUUCUGCUCUCAAUGCAAUAACGGCACACGAUCCUGUUGUCCUUUUCUUUGAGCAGGAGAAGCAACGUGCCGAGGCCGAGCGUGGACAAGAUCUGCAAGCCCAACAACUUGAAGAGGACGAGGAAGAGCAGUACCAAGCAGCCCUUGCUGCUUCCCUUGCUGUACCGCGUGCCACCCCCCACCUUGCCAGUUCGGCGUCGUCUUCCCAGAGCCCCUUGGAUUCACUCGCCCCAUCAGCGCCAUUCCCUUCACCAUUCCCUUCACCAUUCCCGCUAGCCCAUCCCUAUGGGUUCUCAACAACUCCCGCUGUCCCGAUCUCACGACCAUCAACAAAGCCCAUAACCACAGUUCGCACCAUUCCAUAUCGGCCACUGACAUCUAAGCCAGGUAUCAAGGAGCACAUGAGUGAGGACUGGAUGCGGCCAGUGGUGGACAACACAAAGAAACCCAAGCGGCGUAACCGAAUCAAUCUCGACAACACCUUUUCCCUUAUAUUUUGGCAUAUGGACGGAAAGCCACCGAAACGGCGAGCAAUUCACGAGUGUCCACUUUGGCCAAAGUGGAUCUUGUUGGACGAUGUCAACGUUCGUGAGGAGCUCGAUAUACAAGCCCGUCUUUUAGAGUAUUUCGACACACGGAGCUUGCAGUGGAUCACCUGUACCCCCUCCUACCCUCACACGGUCAAGAAGGAUGGCUUUCUUCUCCUCCGGCUUCUAGGGACUGAGUGCCUCGGCCUCGACGAACUCAUCCAGCAGGCCAUAACGAAGGACACCCAUCUCCGAUACAACAUGACUGCGGAACGCACGGCUAUCAAGAAGCAGCUCCAACAGAGAAAGCUUGUACCCCCACCUUACCUUGUACAAUUUGUCUCCAAGGACGACGAGGACGACGAGGAUGACGCGGUGGUCUUUGUUGAGCAACAACAGAUGCCACCAAAGCUGAAACGGCAACGUGAGGACACUGUGGAUGCCAACCCCCGACCAUCGGAACGCCAGCGUUCCAAUCCUGAAAGCACGACGACCACUCCUCUUCGCCAACAUUUCUCUCCUUUUCCUCGUUCCCCAACCACUUCCUCGAGGGCAUCUCCUUGUCCCAGCUUGCCAACUACGCCGAUUCAUGUUCCCGAAACAUCGAAGCGGUGGCCAGCGGGAAUGUACGCAAUCGACAUGUCUCUUGGAUUUCACCAAGUCGAUCAAUCGAAGACCCUUCUCGAUGAAAGCCUCCUCAAUGUAUUCGGUAAGAAGAUCCCGCCAAAUACAUACCGUGACCAACGGCGAUACUGGAAGGCUCUGACUCAAGAGCAGCGCGAUACUUUUAAGAAUGCUGGCCGGACACCAGCAGGUCUGUGGUCGGCAGUUCCCAAGCGUAGCAAGGUAACUCAUCCUUAGAAAUCAUUGUACUCUUACCACCUUUCUUCUGCAUGUUCACAAUCCAUUCUUUAUGUCCCUUUACCUUUGAUUUGUUGUAGAUUACCGUUUGCUCAGUAGUAGAUCGUUGUGCCAGUAUCGCCGCUUGUUUUGUAGCAUCUACAUAUCAUUCUCGAAAUAUAAUGUAUUACCAUU